AUGAGGGUCCACAAAUAAUCCAGUCGUGUUUUAAUCGCUUACACGUUUUAACGAUUUUAUUCCGAUCUAGUAAUAAAUGGUGACGGUUUGCAGCUAUUGUAUAACGUAAGCCUAGUGAACAGAUGACCGCACUACAGGACGCAAGGGUCGAUCGCAGCCGACACUGCGAAGCGUUUUGCUCAGAUAGAGGCACAAAUUCUGCGGCACGCUUUCCUCCUGAGCACAUCACACUACACGCAGCGAUCAGCUCGUUAUGAUCACACAGAGAAACGACGCGGAGGAAUGAAAAAUCGUUUCUUCAAGGUAUAAAAUCUCAUUGAACUCUUCUCCAGCAUGUCUUUUCCGCAUACCGGCAGCGCAAUUUGUUUGUGUGCGCUCCAUCCCGAAACGGAACCGGUUUCACCUGAUCCACCGCUAUGGUCGUGGACGCUGUGUUAGCUGAACAAAGGGGAUCCCGGUGUAUAUCGCGACGCACGUACGGUGAGGGACCCGCACGCGUUUUUAUUUACAACUUGAACCUUUUUCGCUUCGCAUAGCCUUGCCGUGUCUCCUGGCUGCCCUGGCGCCCGUCACCGGACUCCUGGGAAGAGAGGGACGGGAUGGAGAACUGUUGUCGCAGCUGUAUGCCAUGUCUGAAGAGGUUAUGGGACUGGAUAUGGCCCGAAUUUAUUUACCCGAACGUCGCGGACACGGCCGAGAUCCGCACCGUCUCAGGUGAUAUCCGGGUCCCGGCGCCUAAGAAGAAACAAUCGCAGCUUUACGCGGCUCUGUUCGACUUUGUAGCCCGUAGCGAGGAAGAGCUUACCGUGAAGGAAGGGGACAAACUGUCGGUCAUAGAAAAGAGGGGAGAUUACGUAUUUGCCAAGAAGCUGACCGGGUCCCUUCAGUCCGGUUUGGUCCCCGCUAAUUAUGUGGCCCUGGUACAGGACGAAUUCGCAAACUACAAAUGGUACUAUGGGAAUAUAAACAGGCAAAAAGCUGAGAAGCUGCUUCUGGCUCCUCAAAAUAAAACUGGUUCCUUUCUUGUGCGGAUCAGUGAGAGCCACAGUGAUGAAUAUACCAUCUCCGCCAGAAGCGAAAACAGUGUCUUCCAUUUCCGUAUCCAUCGCUCAGCGGUUGGUGCAUACUUUGUAUCCGACAAGAUUUCUUUCUCCACUCUGGAUGAUCUUAUCAAGUAUUACCAGAAUAAUUCCAGAAGUCUAGGAUGUCCCUUAGAGCAGCCAUGUGUACAGCAAAGGGAGCUGUUCGACAUGGAACCGUGGGAGCGGCCGAGGGAGGAGUUUCAGCUUAUCAAGAAACUCGGGGAAGGACACUUUGGAGAGGUUUGGGAGGCUACCUGGACCACCAAGAAGCAGAAAGUGGCUAUCAAGAUGCUCAAACAAGAGGACACAAAGUUGGAUGAAUUUGUCAAGGAGGUUCAUGCACUGAAGAACCUGCACCAUCCUAAACUGAUUCAGCUCCUGGCUCUGUGCACACGAGGAGAACCCGUCUAUAUCAUCACUGAGCUCAUGAUUAAAGGAAGCCUGAAAUCAUACCUGUCUGCACCUGAGGGUCAGGUGUUGACCUCUGCUCACCUGAUCUACAUGGCUGGUCAGAUAGCAGAAGGAAUGGCCUAUCUGGAGGACCGACACAUCGUCCACAGAGACCUCGCUGCUCGAAACAUCCUGGUUGGAGAUGACCUGGUGUGUAAAGUGGCAGACUUUGGUCUAGCGCGCAUCAUAAAGGACAGUGUGUAUACAGCGAGCAGAAACACUAAGAUUCCCGUGCGGUGGACGGCUCCAGAAGCUGCACUUUAUCAGCGCUUCUCAGUGAAAUCUGACGUCUGGUCCUUCGGAGUGGUGCUCUAUGAGAUGAUGUCACGUGGAAAAAUGCCGUAUGAUGGCAAGAAUAAUAAAGAGGUUUUGGAGAUUCUGUCCUCAGGCUACAGGCUGCCAUCUCCAAGCCGCUGCCCCCCAAACAUCUUCCGCAUCAUGAUGGAAUGCUGGCAUGCGGAGCCUUCCAAACGGCCUUCGUUUCACGCACUUCAUAGUCAGCUAGACAACAUCUACUCCAGGAUCUACUUCAAAACCAUUGAAGUGUAGAACGCAAUGAGAAGAGAGAGACGCAUGUGAUUGUGGAAUGCUGAGACAAGAAAGAGAAUGAAGAAAAGACUUGCAUGGACAAAAGUGCACGAAGGACAAAUGCACAAAGGUGUACUCCAGUGUCAAUGAAAGAAUGUUUAUGACUGCUUAAAUUAUAUGAUUGAAGGGAGGUGCAAGAAAUGUUUGUGAAGUACUUGGACAAGCCAAGAAAGAGGAAAAUAGUAUCUGAGAACAAACUAAGUGCAUCUCCUUAACCUGACGGGGCCAGAUUAUCUAUAGCUCUUGGUUGUCAAAAGUUGAAGUACUUCAUUACGCACUAGUUAUACGGUAAUAUAACCACACAGCACUUCCUUUUUGUUUAUGUGCUAGAGUUGAUCUGGCCCGUUCAGUUUCUGUAGGAACAGGAGAUGAUUUGGUCCGUUUUCAGGUGAGAGUUUAUGUUUACAAAUGAUUCACCUGCCAAAAUAUGGACAGAUGUUAGGAAUGCGAUGGAAACUAUGGCCAUUUUAAGUUAUAAUUGUUGAUUUAAUGUUGAUUAAAGGCAGACUGCACAAAAUGUUUUUAUUACCAAGUGUAUGAUCUUCAGACGCUUUUAAGAUCAAACACAGGAGCCAUAUGACAAAAACUACCUGAGAAGGUUUGUCAUAAUUGAAUUGUCUUCCAGUGCAUUUUACUAAAGCACCGUUUCUCUUCGUGUAUUCUGUGGAUAACUCUUGUAAAUAAAAUAUUUUUUC